AUGCCUGACAAUAAAGAACCACCCGAUAGUCAAAUUUUAGAACUAACUUCAUUCCCAGUAAUUUCAUUGUAUAAAUACAACAGGUUGAUUACCUUACCGGGGUCGAUUUAUAAGUUCAAGAUCCCCAAAAAGAAAUUUAUAAAAUCAAUAUUCCAAGUUUACAAGUCACAGCCAAACUUCCGAAAAAAUCUUGUUCUAAAGAAAAUCAGUAUUGAAGGCUCCAGUAGUAAUGAUGAUAUCUCUGUAAUUAGUUCCAGUACCAUGUGUAAUCUUCUAAGCUUUGAUCAUAAUUAUCGGAUCAAGGGGUCUAAUAAUAAAGAAGAACUUCCGUUAUAUAUGAUAUUGAUACCAAAUUUUCUAUCCCCUUCUAUUAUUGAUACUACUAACAACAAUGCUUCCAAUGCUAAUUGGUUUUCAGGUUCUGUCUGUGAGAUUGUUGGUUGUGUUAUCAAAGAUGAAGAUUUAGUUGUUUCGUUUAAAUCGAUAGCCAGAAGUCGGGUCCAAAUUAAUUCAGCUCUUAAUUUCAAUGAUAGUCUAAUCCAUAGUGAUAAAACACUAAUCGAUAUUGGCGCUAAAAAUCAAAAUGAUGAAAAUUUAAAAUAUUUACCUGGGUUCUUGAAUGACUUACAUACUAUUGAUUUAAGGAUAACUAAGUUUUGUGCUAAUUUCAAGAAAUCUUUAAAUGGGAAAAAUCAUAAUGAUAGCCUAUAUUUACUUUCGCCCUUGUGCAACAUCUUGUAUAUUGAUUUCACAAGACCUCAGUUUGUCAAAUUUUGGGGAUUAGUAUUAAAAUACAAGGAUGAAUCCUAUUCAAAAAAAAACUUAUCUAGCGUUUUAGAAGUAAUUGAUUUAAUAAUUACUAGGCUACCUACAACACAAACACAGAAAUACUUAAUGCUACAGGCUUUUAACAUCAAUGAAAAAUGGGCUACUUUCCACAAAAUUGUCGGUGAAGAUUUUGUUCAUACUUUACAAAAUAUUAUGGAUGCUGUGAAAUAUGUCGAAACAACAUAUAGAGAAAAGUUAACUAGGUUGGAAAAAACUAGACUUAUCGCUAGUCAAUUGAAGGGCCUAAAAAUCUGCUUAGAUGAUGUGAAAGGUAUUAGUCACAAUGCGAAACCAGUGAGACUAGUUAAAUUUACUACUAAUUCUACUAAUACAUCUAAUAAUUAUAACACUCGAAAUCCUGAAAAAGAAGAAGAAGAAAAUGAUGAUAAUGAUGAUAAUGCUAAUGACGCGGACAAUGAACUUCAUAAAUUUAUGAAAAAUGUCGAUAGGUUAGGUAUUCAUCCAGAUGGUAUAAAACUUUUGCAAAAAGACUACAGAAGGUUGAAAAGAAUGAAUCCACAAACUGCUGAGUAUAAUCAAUUAAGAAAUUAUUUUGACAUCAUCACGGAUAUCCCAUUUGGCACGAAUUAUUAUGAUAGUAAAGUGUCUGGUGCUAAAUAUGAGUUAAAGUUUAAUCUAAAUAAAUACAAGAGACAAUUGGAUGCUGCCCACUAUGGAUUAAAUCAGGUUAAAAGGAGAAUCUUAGAGUAUUUAUGUAUUUAUCAAUUAACCGGCAAUGACAAAACCAGUAAACAUGAUGAAACGAGACCUGUUAUAUUGCUAUUAGAUGGACCACCUGGAGUUGGCAAAACGUCAAUCGGUAAAUCUAUUGCGAACAUAUUGGGAAGGAAAUUUCAGCGAAUAUCUUUGGGUGGCAUUUACAAUGAAAGUGAGAUCAGAGGCCACAGAAGAACAUAUGUGGGCAGUAUGAAUGGCCUAAUAGUCAAUGCUUUACGAAAAAGCAACUGUAUGAACCCAGUGAUAUUACUAGACGAGGUAGAUAAGGUUUUGUCUAGGAAAUCUGGUAGGGGCAGUAGCAAUGUAGGAUCGAACGGUGAUCCUUCAGCUGCAUUGUUGGAGGUUUUGGAUCCUGAACAGAAUAAUAGCUUUAUUGAUCACUAUGUUGGAUUUCCUAUUGAUUUAUCCCAAAUCGUUUUUAUAUGUACGUCUAAUGAUAUGCAUGAAAUACCAGCUCCCUUGUUGGAUAGAAUGGAGGUUAUUGAGCUAUCAGGUUACACUUUUGAUGAAAAACGCAAUAUUGGCGAAAAAUUUUUAUUACCAAAACAAAUCAAGCUAAAUGGUCUACAUAGAUUGAACUGUAAAAAUGGCUGUACUGAUAACCGGGCUUACGUUAAAUUGGAUUGUGGGUCUUGGGAAAUGCUAAUAUAUAAUUAUACAAGAGAAGCUGGUGUUCGCAACUUGGAAAGAAAAUUGGCAACUAUAGUAAGAUAUAUUAUUUUCCAAGAACUUGUUGAUAAUACACAAACCUCAACAAAAAUUAACAAGACUGUAACAAUAACACCUAAAAGAUUGGUUCAGAUAUUAGGCGAACCUGAAAAUAUAAAUUUUUUAAAUCAAUUGGUCACUAAAUAUGAUAAGAACAACGGCGAAUUAUUGGGCGUUGUAAAUGGAUUGUCUUAUAAUAACGACGGUAGUGGUUCUGUGUUGGUAUUUGAAAUAGUUAAAACAGGAGAAAAUGAAGGGGAAUCGGGGCCUACAAUUUUUACUACAGGUAAUUUAGGAUCCAUCUUACAAGAGUCCAUUGAUGUGGGCAAUAGUUUAAUACAGUCAUUAUUGUAUAACAAGAGCAUUCCAAUGGAGCCAUUUGGAUCCAACUAUUUAAACUCCAAGUUCCAUUUACAUGUUCCUGAGGGGGCUAUCAGCAAAGAUGGCCCUAGUGCUGGAAUGUGCAUUACCUUGGGUCUAUUAUCGCAUUUAUUAAAAAAAAAAGUUGAUAGGAAAAUAUGUAUGACAGGUGAAAUCACACUAACUGGUAAGAUAUUACCUAUUGGAGGAUUAAAGGAGAAAUUGUAUGGUGCAUCCGUAAAUAAAAUGAAAAUAGUUAUGGUUCCAAUUGAUAAUAAGAAUGAUUUAAAAAAUUUGUGUAGAGAUAAUGAUUGGUGUGCUGGUACUGAUAUACUUGAAUUGCAACUCAUUAAAAAGAAUUUAGAAUUGGAUGUGUUCUACAUUAGUACAAUAUAUGAUGCUAUUGGUAUUGUUUGGGGCAAGGACAUUCAAAUAGUUACAACUGGUGAUAAUCCUAUUCCCAAAUUUACCCAUAUUAGGCCCGAUUCUGUUACUGAUAAUGUAUCUUUGUUAUAG